CUUCUAAUCGGUUUCUUCCUCAUUGUCACUUAAUUUUUUUUUAUUGAUACACUCAGAAACUAACUGUGAAACUGAAGCUGACACUUUAUUGAGAGACUCUUUGGAGCUGUUCUUGUUUCUGCCGAUUGUGAAGCUCUCUUGAAGGGCAUCAUUAUCCAUUGUCCUUAGAAUGAUGUCCUUAGGAUUUUUUAUUGUUAUUUUUAGAUUAGGACUUUUGUAAGGACUUUUUGUUGAAAUGAUGAUUAUUGGUGGGACUUAUUCUUGGUCUUUAGAUAAAUUUUUUUUUUAAAUAACUUGUAACAUAUAUAUAAGAUAAAACUUAUUUCCAUUUUAAAUUUAAUAUAACACACAAAUUAUCGAAAUAUAUUAAAUUUAAUAGAAAACUACAAAGUUUUUAUUACAUUACAUUGUGGAGAGAUCCGUCGGGAGAAGCGUUGAGAGACCGGUCGAGAGAUCCGUCAAAGAAAUUCGGUGGAGAAGAGAGGAGAAGCCUCGAGAGGAGAUCCGUCGGUGGAAAAGAGAGGAGAAGCCUCAGGAGGAGAUUCGUCGGUGGAGAAGAGAGGAGAAACCUCAGGAGGAGAUCCGUCGAGAGAAGAAACUUUAGGAGAAGAUCCGUCGGUGGAGAAGAGAGGAGAACUCUCGGGAGGAGAUCGAAGAGAGGAGAUUCGUCGGUCGAGAAAAAGAAAAGACGAGAAAAUCACAACACUUUCCCAAUUCGAUUUUCCUCUCACCGGUUUCAUCGCCCAAUCCCACCAAGCCACGUAUCACCUAACGACGAGAACAAAAGCAUCUUAACUUAGAUAUGUCCUUAAAUAAUUAUUUAUUUUUGAUUUAAACUAAUUGUCAUUUAUGCUAAGGACAUGCCAUUAGGACGCCGUUAAUCUUGCCCUUAGACUGUAUAUCAUGGGCUCUAGAAUUUGGGCUUUUGAUUUUGUUCCUAAUGAGUCUCUCGAAACCCAAUUGCGUGAUAGUGCGUGCGUGUGAGACGAGAAAAAAUUACUGACAUCGUGGCAUUUGAAAAUCCGCCAUCGUGUAAAAUAUGUCAUCCUAUCUUAAAAUAACUUUUCAAAAGGUACUUUUACGUAAGAAAUUAGUAUAAAAUUCAUAGACUAAUGAUAAAGAAAUGAAAACCUCAUAUGUUAAUGCGGAUAAACCUCGUGUAAAAUAUGUCAUCCUAUCUAAACUUUUUUUUUCUGUCUGUUUAUGAAAUAAUAGUUAACAGCUAAACCGCAUUAACAUAUGAGGUCUUCAUUUCUUUAUCAUUAGUCUAAACUUAACCGGACCUCGUGGUCUGGUGGUAAAAAAACUUCGGCUGAAGUGUCUGCCAUCACGAGUUCGAGUUCCGGUCACAGUAGAUUUAACAUGGUUUUCGUUUGGUUUUUAGGACUUUCCUUGCACGUACUGGUUGGAUGCGGUGGGAUAGUCGGACUAAGUGAGAGGUCCGGAUACCUGGAUAGUCGGUGUUGUAUUAAAGUUAUUACAGUUAACUAGAAUUAUAGAAUUUUUUUCUCAAAUUCUUUUUAAAGAAAAUAACGAUUUCCUUAAGAAAAAAAAAAGAUCUUUAGCUCAUACUUUACCCAAUUUUAAAAUCUUAAAAAUAUUUAAGUGGUUCAGUAGACCAUUUUUUACCACCUUUCACCUAAUCCUAAAGUUAAAGAUCAUAAACUAAAAAGACUAGUGACGUUAUUCACUGUAACAUACCCUAUGAUUAAACUAAAUAUAAUAAUCGUAACAUUCAAUAAUAUUCUGCAUAUAUAUGAUCAGUUUCCUAUAAAGUUAGUUUCAUGGCAACUUCCUUGGACCUCUAGAGUACUAUAUAAUAGACGGUAAUGAAGCAACAAAACCAAAGCCAAGUCUCAAGAGAAGAAAAAAAAAACACAAAGACUCUUUCGUACGACACAAGCAAGAGUCUUGAGACACAAGAAACCAGAAAAAGAUGCUUGAAACCGUAGCAAUAUGGGGCAAGAUGGUGUCGAGUAUUAUGCUCAUUUGGGCGAUGUACUCACAAUACAUCCCUCGCCAUAUACGAUCUCAAAUGGAGAUAUACUUCUACAAGCUACUCGGAUGGCUCUCAUUCUACGUCCACAUCAAGUUCACCGAGCACACAGAAGAAGGUCUCAAGAGAAGCGAGAACUACAACGCUAUACGCAACUACCUCUCCACCAAUACCGCCGCUCGUGCUCAACGGCUAAAGGCCAACGAGUCCAAAAACAGCAAGUCGUUGGUGCUUAGCAUGGACGACCACGAGGAAGUUGAAGAUGUGUUCAACGGUGUGAAGGUGAAGUGGUACUCCAACGUGAAAGUGACUGAGACACAAUCUAACUACGGUCGGAACAACUCGUACGAGAGAAGGUUCUUUACACUCACUUUCCACAGAAGACACAGAGGGAUGAUCAUAGACACUUAUAUAACUCAUGUUUUGAGAGAAGGGAAAGCUAUUGGCGUGAGGAACAGAGAGAGGAAGCUGUACACUAACAACUCGAGCUCAGAGUGGUAUCCAUGGAUGUCAGGGAAGUGGAGUAACGUUCCUUUUCAUCAUCCGGCGACGUUUGAGACUUUGGCAAUGGAUCCUGAGAAGAAAGAGAGGAUCAAGAAGGAUUUGGUGAAGUUUAGCAAAGGGAAAGAUUAUUACAAGAAGGUUGGGAAGGCUUGGAAGAGAGGCUACCUCUUGUUUGGUCCGCCAGGGACAGGGAAGAUGAUAUCUGCAAUAGCUAACUUCUUGGACUAUGAUGUGUAUGAUCUUGAGUUAACGACCGUGAAGGAUAACUCAGAGCUGAAGAAGCUGUUGCUUGAGACACAAGGUAAGUCUAUUGUUGUGAUUGAAGACAUUGAUUGCUCUCUUGAUCUUACGGGUCAGAGGAAGACAAAGAAGGAAGAAGAUGAAGAGGAAGAUAAGGAGAAGAAGAAGGAGAAGAAGAAAGAAGAUGAGAAAAAGAGUAAAGUGACAUUGUCAGGGCUAUUAAACUCCAUUGAUGGGUUAUGGUCAGCUUGUAGUGAUGAGAAGAUUAUUAUAUUCACUACAAACUUUGUGGAUAAGCUUGAUCCUGCGUUGAUAAGGAGAGGGAGGAUGGACAACCAUAUUGAGAUGUCUUAUUGUAGGUUUGAAGCGUUCAAGGUUUUGGCUAAGAACUACUUGGAGAUUGAGUCACAUGAGUUGUAUGGAGAGAUUGAGAGGUUGCUUGAGGAAACAGAUAUGUCUCCUGCUGAUGUAGCAGAGACUUUGAUGCCUAAAUCUGAUGAAGAAGAUGCGGAUGUUUGUAUCAAGCGUUUGGUCAAGACUGUGGAGGAGGAGAAGGAGAAGGCAAAGAAGUUGGCUGAGGAAGAAGAGAAGAGUAAAGCAGAGAAGGAAGAGAAGAGGAAGAAGAAGAAAGAAGAGGAGGCAGAUAACAAGAAGACAGAGGAAGACGAGAAGAAAGUUAAGGGAUCAAAAGUAAAUGGUGACCUAUCUGAGAAGAAUGGUACCAACUAAAAGGGUAUAAGGAAAAGAAGUGAAGCCUGAUGUGUGUUGUUUUAUUUGUGUGUUGUGUGGAUUGAAUAAGGUCGUUCUAUUAGGCCAUCUUAAGUAUCUACUUGGUUGUUGUAUUAGGCCGUCUUAAGUAUAUAUUUGAUUGUUGUAUUAGGCCGUCUCUUAAGUAUAUAUAUUUGAUUGUUGUAUUAGGCCAUCUUUAAGUAAAUAUUUGAUUGUUGUAUUAGGCCAUCUUAAGUAUCUUAUUUGAUUGUUCUAAUGUUUUCAAGUACCACCUAUAUUUAUUCUAUUAGCAAAGGUUCAGGUUAUCUCUGCCAUAUUUGUUAUAGGAAGAUGGCAGACUAACCAAAUCCAAGCAUAAGACGACUUGUCAUAAACUUAAUGGUGCAAAAAUGGUAGGCAGCAUUAAGACGAACAAUCUAGUAACAUAACUUGCUUCUCAAAUCGUUAAGGGUUCAUGCAGAAGUAGCAUCUAGAAAGAGCUUGCUGGGUUCACCAGUCAAGGCAGAUGGGAGGCUAAUCUAUUAUAUAUAGAGUUGGGAAAGUGGACGAAUUAGCAAAGGAAGAGCAUUUCUGCUUCAAGGGAAUUGGACUAGAGGAGCUGAAACAGAAGCUUGAAGAAGAGACAGGUCUAAGUAAAACCCUUUAAACGCAAAACUAUAUCCCCUUGGGUUGCAUCUCCCUUCCAACAACACAAUGAUGUGCUUAUUGUCUUGAAUCUUGAUCCCUUCGUCUUUACAAGUUUAGUUUUCUUUUCAUUGACAACUUACCAAGAGUACCGUGAGCCAUGAAAAAUCAGGAAAAUUAGUUAAGACAAUGAGGUCAACAUAACGUUUCCAGUUUUUUGUGGAUGUUGGUUCAGUCAUGGAAUUGUGUGACAAUGAGUAUAAGCACUUCUUGAAGAAUGUUUCAAUAUAUAAUUGAAGAGAUUGUCUUUUUAUGAAAUUAUGCAGGGGGUGGGGGUAAUGACUGAUGCAUGCAUUUCUUGAAGAAUGGUUCAAUAAUAUGGAGAGUUUGAUGUCCAAGACCACAAACUUUUGCUUGCUGCUACUGUGUAUCUCGGUAACAAAACCUUUUUAAGGCCACCUUGGUGCUAGAAGUAUGUAGCAUCAGGAUGUAUUUUAAGUCCUAGCUAAUUAGGACCAAGAAUACAAUACUACACCAAGAAGACAUUGUGUUGGGGUUUUUGAAAGGCUUUCCAUUUAUUGCUUCUCUUUAAGCUUUUUAUUCUAGUAAGAUGAAGUACUAGCCAAGCCAACUCAAACUGACGUCAGGAUGAAGUGUUAGCAAGAGAAAGUUACAAGCAAAUAAUAAAAACAAGCAAAAUGGGGAUGUAGCUCAGAUGGUAGAGCGCUCGCUUAGCAUGCGAGAGGUACGGGGAUCGAUACCCCGCAUCUCCAUUCUAUUUUUAUUUUGCAUUAAAGACCACUCUAACUUUGGAUAAGUUACCUUUAUUCAAAUGGUGUAAAGAGUUCAUUACCUGGAGGCUGGAGCUAACCUAACCAUGCUAAAAAUGAGUAAUCGAAAUCCAUCUUAGUUUUUUUUUUUGGUAAAAUAAAUCCAUCUUAGUUGUAGUAACACCUUUCCUCACACCAUUGUUGGUAUCAUCACUUUCCUUGACAUCUUUAUAAGACCUGGUCUUUUAGUUAGUUAGUUUUCACUAAAGUUAUUUAUAUCAUCAUCCUUCUUAGAUUCGAAUCCAACAUCUAUUUAUAUAAAGAAAUGUGCCUCUCUCCUGGUGAAGCCACGUCACUAAUUCAAACUCACACAGCUUGCCACCUGUCCAUCUAAUAAAACCUCCGUUUCAUUUUAUUCUUUCACGCAAUUUGUUGGGCCUAUCUUAUUAAUUUAUCUGAACGUUUUCAAUUGUGGAGCCCGUACAAAACAGAGGCGUGAUAUGUGUUCGAAACACUUAAGAGUUUUUUAUUUUGACUUCUAUCGCUCUCUUUUCUCCGGCGCGUUUAAGGUUUCCAUGGAAACUGAUUCUUCUUCCUCAUCAUCCAGCAAUCAAUCGGGGCCGUAGCGAGUCUAGAGUUUCCAGUGAUCUAUUCAUCUUCUUCCUACUGAUCAAGUAAUCAAUCGAUUACGGAUUCGUUGCUAUUAAAUUCUCUCUUUAAAUCCACCGUACACGAUCUCUCUUCAAUGCUACUUUAGCUCUCUCCACCACCACCUUCCCGCGAUCUCCUCUCUCCUUCAUCUCUCCUCACAGCUUAUCUCACUUGAAGCUGAGCUCCCCUAAGCUGGUAACCCCCCACUUCUCUUCGCACUGAUGAUGACGACGACGAGGAUGACAUGAGUAUUUCAUCGGGUUCUGACGCCGUAGGAGGAGGAGGAGUUAACGAAUAGCUCUCCGAUUACGAUCUCGAUGAUGACGAGGUUGUGAGGCGUUAUUACGACGAAGAAGAAGUGUUUGGGCCAACAAAGCCCACCUCGAAAUCGAACAGAGGAGUGUUGAAUGAUAAGAAUCUGAGAAUAGAAGUUCCGUUUGCGAACAGAAGAGUCACUGACGGCGAAUCAAGACUACGGAGAUUCGCCAUGGCGAAUUCGACUCCUGGUAGCUAUCUCCGUGAUGAGAGACCGCAUACUCUGAGCUCCAAGGUACACAUUUGAUCUCGCUGAAGAUUCAAAUUGAGUAAUUUUGCAGAAAUAUUGCUAAAUUUGGGAACAAAAUGUUGUAUCAGGGUUCGGUGUAUUGGGACAGUAAUGAAGAUAUCGGAACCCCAAGUGCACCACCUAUAAUGGAUAUUGGAGAAGAUGAUAACAUCGCGGAGUUAGAGAAAGAAAUUGAGCACAUUGAAGAUGAGAUUUGCAGAGAAGCUGGUGUUGAGAGUCAUCAUCAACAAUUAAACAUUGGAUGCAUAGCUGGUGAUACUGUUUCUCAUUUGUAUCCAGAAUUUAGUGAAAGGUAUGCAUCGAGCUUUGUAUUUUUGUUCUGUGGAGAAGUCCUGAUGGGUUAGUAAAUGUAACCAUGGUUUGGUGCAGUGCGAGGGAGACUCAAACUGAGGAAGCUGCGCAAAUCGAGGACAUCAGCUCGGAUGAAUUGAAUUGCCACAGUAUCAGGUUAACUACUUUAUUUCGCAACUUACAACGAAAGAGGUUUGAAAUGAGGAAUUGUUGGGCUUUAUUGUGGCUGCUUAGCUUACAUAAUGUUUUACCCAUAUAUUUGGAUUGCUUUAAAUGAAAUAUGCAUAUAUUAGUAACCUACAGUGGACGAUGAAGGUUUCCUCUCAGCCCAAGCUGCCAUAGAUGCAAUUAAGGGCACCAUGUAAGUUUGUUUUCUCCAAAACACCAGCGUAUUUUACACGUUUACUCUGUUACCUUAAUCACAGCAAAAAAUGUAAUGUUUUGAUGUAAACGCAUGGAUCUUUACGCAGCUUACAUCAACGCUGGCUUGCAGCGUUAAUGAACAUAUCAGUUGAAUCUGUUCCUCCAGGUUUGCAUUUAAGCCACUUUUCGUUCAGAUUCUAGGUUUUAUGUUGAGAUCCGUACGGAUUUAGUCAACUUCGUUCAGAUUCUAGGUUUUAUGUUGAGAUCCGUACGGAUUUAGUCAACACAGUGAAUGAAUGGAAUCGGCAAGCUGGAAGCCCGACGCCGCCGUCUCUAUAAUCGUCCUAAACACAUCCACGAAACCGUGUCUUUUUUUCUGCAGAGGUAAUGUUUCUGAAAAUGAGAGGCGAACAGGUCUUUAUGAUUAUCAGGUAUGCUCUCUUUUGUACUUGAAACAACGCCUGGUGAGUGUAUAUGGGAGUAUUUUGGAUGGGUUUUGUUAGAUAGACUGAAAGAUGUCUCUGCAGAGCAUGAUCAAUAUUCUAAGGCAAGAAACAUGGAAGGAUAAUAUAGAAGCUGGGAACAUCUGAAGGAUUCUUUUACAUGCAUUUGGAGAAGAUCUUUAGCUUAGUGGAUGUCUGACUGAUUAAACUUCAGAGUACGCACCAAGGGGCAAGCCUAUGGAACAUCCCUGAUUCAAUACAUAUCAUACUUGGUGAGACAAUAAGUAGAAGAUCACAAACAAGUAACUGUUUUUAGGUGUGAGAGAGCUUCUUGAGUAUGAAUUUUAUAAUAACAAAACGGGUUCUAUUGCAGUGAUACUAAUGUGGUUGCUCCAUUCAUAUGCUGAAAUGAAUUUUCAGAUU